UUCCACUUCACCCGCACGACGCGCGAUGGCCCUGGCCCUGGCGGCGCCGCUCCGCCACCUCCUCCUCGCCGCGCCGCCCUCCACCUCCCCCGGUGCCGACGCGGGAGCGCCUGCCCUGGCCCGCCGCCGCGCCUCCCCGCUCCGCCGCCGCGGCCUCGCCUGCGGCUGCAGGGCCUCCGCCUCCGCCUCCGCGGCGCCCUCGCCUGCUCCCCCCGCCGCCCCGGGCGGGGUCGCGGCGGGAAGGCCGACGGUGCUGGUCACGGAGAAGCUGGGCGCCGCGGGGCUGGAGCUGCUGCGGAGGUUCGCUAACGUGGACUGCGCAUACGAGCUCACGGCGGAGGAGCUCCGCGCCAAGGUGUCGCUCGUCGACGCGCUCGUCGUGCGCAGCGCCACGCGGGUGACGCGGGAGGUGUUCGAAGCGGCGCGCGGCCGCCUGCGCGUCGUCGGCCGCGCCGGGGUCGGCAUCGACAACGUCGACCUCCAGGCCGCCACCGAGGCCGGGUGCCUCGUCGUCAACGCCCCCACCUCCAACACCGUCGCCGCCGCCGAGCACGCCAUAGCCCUCCUCACCGCCAUGGCGCGCAAUGUCGCGCAGGCCGACGCUUCCCUCAAGGCCGGCAAAUGGCAACGCAACAAAUAUGUUGGUGUUUCUUUGGUGGGAAAGACACUAGCUAUUAUGGGUUUUGGAAAGGUUGGCUCAGAAGUAGCUCGUCGUGCAAAAGGACUUGGAAUGGAUAUCAUUGCUCAUGACCCAUAUGCACCUGUUGAUAGAGCCCGGGCAAUUGGUGUAGAUCUUGUAUCAUUUGAUGAGGCCAUCUCUAGUGCAGACUUCAUAUCAUUGCAUAUGCCACUUACACCAUCAACGGCAAAGCUCUUUGAUGAUGAAACUUUUGCGAAUAUGAAAAAGGGUGUGAGGAUUAUUAACGUUGCAAGGGGUGGGGUAGUUGAUGAAGACGCAUUGCUGAGAGCACUCGAUAAUGGAACAGUUUCACAGGCAGCACUUGAUGUCUUCACUGAGGAGCCACCACCAAAAGACAGCAAGUUAGUACACCAUGAAAAUGUGACUGUCACACCGCACCUUGGAGCUAGUACAUCGGAAGCACAGGAAGGUGUAGCCCUUGAAAUUGCAGAGGCAGUUCUCGGAGCACUAAAAGGGGAAUUAGCUGCUACUGCUGUUAAUGCCCCGAUGGUCCCUGCUGAGGUUUUAUCGGAGUUAUCCCCGUAUGUUAUCCUUGCUGAGAAACUGGGCCGGCUUGUGGUGCAACUUGUAGCUGGUGGAAGCGGAAUUAAGGGAGUGAAGGUUGUCUAUUCAUCAGCUAGAGACCCUGAUGACUUGGACACAAGAGUACUCCGUGCCAUGGUCACCAAAGGCAUAAUUGAACCCAUUUCAAGUGCAUUUGUGAACAUUGUCAAUGCUGACUAUGUGGCCAAGCAAAGAGGCGUUCGCAUCAGCGAAGAGAGAAUUCUCCUUGAUGGCUCACCAGAGAUCCCAAUAGAUUCUAUCGAGGUCCAUCUCGCCAAUGUAGAGUCCAAGUUUGCCGGUGCCCUAUCAGAUGAAGGUGACAUCAGGGUGGAGGGAGAGGUUAAGGAUGGCAAACCACAUCUCACACUUGUUGGACCUUUCAGUGUGGAUGUUAGUCUUGAGGGCAACCUAAUACUUUGCCGCCAAGUUGAUCAGCCGGGCAUAAUCGGAAAGGUGGGAUCGAUUUUGGGAAAGAUGAAUGUAAAUGUGAAUUUUAUGAGCGUUGGAAGGACAGCUCCUGGAAAGCAGGCUAUAAUGGCCAUUGGUGUCGAUGAGGAGCCUGAGAAGGAAGCUCUCAAGUUGAUAGGCGACAUACCGUCAGUUGAGGAGUUUGUCUUUGUUAAGCUUUAAAGAAAAUAGGUAGAGUGGUUUACUGCAAUGACAUAUCUACUCUAUUGGCAUGGGAUAGGUAUUCAUUGCAAGCUUAGCUAGUUUAGGGUAGAUCAUUUUUUCCAGUCCUUCAGGACAAGCCAGACAUGAUGUAAGUAUAUAUACUUCAAGAACAGUAUGCAAAUCACAAUGUUUAUUGGAUCUGCUGUCCUGCUAUUUGCUUCAAAUGCCCUUGCAGUUAUGUUGAGAUAUCUCAACCUGUGAGAACCAUUUUGAGUUCAUUUUUGGAUAUGCUGCUAGA